GGAGACUACUUUCUCCCAUUUCUCACUCUCUCGGCCAAACUCUCUCCUCUCCUCCGAAACUCUCUCCUCCCUUCUCUCUUCAAUCUCAACACCUUAGAGCGUGAUUCCGGACGAAGUCCAAGAAUUAAAAUUGCUAUACGGAGCAUGGGCUUUCCGAAUAUCCAAGAAAAAUCUUGAUCGGACCGCGUGGGAGCUCGGUUGACUUGGUCAAAGGGUCGGGUUUUGCUCAAAACCCAUGAGAACUUCCUAACACAAACCUUGGACAAAACAAGAGUUCCACCACGGCGGGUUGAGACCAACGACUUCUUCCACCCCGGCGCCGGCGGAGGAAUAAUCAGAAGAACCGUAAAGAAAGCAUCCACAAAUCUGAAAUACCCCAAGUUCUAAAGAAGAAAUAGUAGUAUGUCCAAAGGAGAGACCAACGACUUCUCCCACUGGGCAAUCUUUCCGCCGGAGAUCAUCGCCGACAUACUCUCUCGACUGCCGGUGAAGUCUCUUUGCCGAUUCAAGUGCGUCUCUCCCUCGUGGAAUUUCCUAAUCUCAUCCCCCUAUUUCGCCCAAACCCACCUCAAUCGAACCAACGCCAGUAACCCUAAACACCUCGUCCGCAACAUCAUUUUCUUUUGCCGGUCUCACGAUCUCUACUCCGUCAAUCUCACCGCUGAUAUUCCGUUUGCCACGAAGAUUGAUUUUUCUAAAUCGCUCCAACAACCACCCGAGAACAAGUGGGCCAAUGUAUUGGGCUCUUGCAACGGCUUGCUUCUUGCUUCCGAUAAAGGUAAUAAUUCCAACUUCCUCUUGUUGAAUCCGUCUACUAGAGAAUGUAAGAAACUGCCUCCGUUGCCUUUUGUCAUCGAUCUUUACAUGUAUGGAUAUGGUUUGGGUUAUGAUUCAUCUAAGGAUGAUUACAAGGUCGUGUUGCUCUCGUCUUGUCAUACUGAAUCUGGAUCUAAGUCUGAGUCUCAAUCUGAAUCUUCUACUCUGAGUGGUACAACGAUUGUGGCUGUCUACUCACACAAAACUAAUGCUUGGAGGAGAAUAAAAGUUAUCCAUUGUAUCCUUGGCUUGACUUCGUUUGGUGUUAACUGUAAUGGGCGUCUCCAUUGGCUUUCUUUUAGGGGUAAUUCGUAUGUGAUGGUUGCUUUCGAUUGGGAGGAUGAGAUUUUUAGGGAAGUGCCAUUGCCUGCUUCAUUUGUUCAUGACGACUUUGCGUAUUAUGAUGUGGUGAUUGUCGGGGAUUGUCUAUGUUUGGUUGAUAAAACAAGAAGUGUCAUUUGGAUGAUGAAGGAGUACGGGGUUAGAGCGUCGUGGACCAAAAUUUUGAUUUGUAGACAUAAUAUGCGUCUACUGGAUGUGUUGGGUUUGUUUGCGGAAGAGGAAUUUGUGUUGAACAUAACGGGAAAGAUGAUACAAGAUAAAUUAGUUGUGUACAAUCCCACACAACGAACGCUGAGGGGCAUUCCGGUUCGUGGCAUUCCAACUAUAUUUAGAUUUGGGGGCACCUAUGUCGAGAGCCUUGUCUCUCCUCAUCUAUGUAAUCAUGGAGGAGGGAUUGGGAAGCAAGGACAAUCUUCUUCAGGUAUGCUAGAGAAAUAGAGAUGAUAUUGUUUGUUUUGCUCGUUAAUAAUUGUCAUAUGUCCAUACAUAUGCAUGUAUCUCAUAGGGAUGAUCUUUGGAUACUUGAUAAGCUUCUUCAGGUAUGUUAGAGAAAGAGAAAAUGACAUUUUUUUGCUCGUUAAUUAUCUAACGAUACGGAUAAUCUUUGGAUACUUGCGGGUAAGUGUUAUUUGGUACUUCCUAAAUGCACCUGUGGUUUGAAAAUUAA